UCAGUUGAUUUCAAUCCAAACUAGCCGAAGAAGAAGGAGAAGAAAGCAAGCAAAGACAAGUCGUUUAAGCUCCACUGUUGAUCCGACAUGGCGCCUGUCGGUCCUAGAUCCGGUGAUGCGAUCUUCGCCAACGUGGAACGCGUGAAUGCUGAGCUUUUUACGUUAACUUACGGCGCGACUGUGCGUCAGUUACUGACGGAUCUGGAAGAGGUUGAGGAAGUUAACAAACAGCUUGAUCAAAUGGGCUACAAUAUGGGAAUUCGAUUGAUUGACGAGUUUCUAGCAAAAUCUAAUGUCUCUAGAUGUGUUGACUUCAAAGAGACUGCGGAAGUGAUUGCAAAGGUGGGUUUCAAAAUGUUCUUAGGGGUUACUGCAUCAGUGACCAACUGGGAUGUUGAUGGGACAUGUUGCAGUAUAAUUUUAGAAGAUAAUCCCCUGGUGGAUUUUGUUGAGCUCCCUGAUACCUGUCAAGGUCUUUACUAUUGCAACAUCUUGAGUGGGGUCAUUAGAGGAGCCCUGGAGAUGGUGUCAAUGAAGACUGAAGUCACUUGGAUCCGGGAUGUGCUUCGAGGGGAUGAUGCAUACGAGCUGCAGGUUAAACUUGUGAAGCAACUUCCAGAAGAGUACCCUUACAAGGAUGAUGAAUAACAUGUUGUCAUCGGCUCUUUGCACAUGAUGUGAUAUAUACUGAGUUUAUUCCUAUACUUCUUACGCUAAAAUAUAGCAAUUUAACAGCUUCUCGUCUUACAAAUGCAGUUCUCAGAAACUCUGAAUAGAUUUUGCUUUGCCAUAGACGCUACUUUACUCUUGUUUCAUUAGAUUCAUGAUCAAGUCAGCAAAGUACUAAA